AUGGACCGGUUUGAAGGGGUCUAUCGCAUGAUGAGUUUGAGCUUCCGAGGGGUUCCACAUCAUGGGGCAGUGUCUUGCAGUUAUAGUCAACAAUAUGGCCGGUCUGCAAUAAGAAUGAACAUUAAACAAAUGAAAUUAUUGAACGUUCUUGAACAGAUGACUCUUCAUAAGGAAAAACCAAAAAAUAUCUGCGGCAGCUAUGAUGUAGAUAUUCAACUUGCAAACUUUUUUAGCCGUAUUACCCUUCGUAAGGAAAAACCAAAAAAUACCUGUGAUGGUGGCGGUUAUAAAGAUAUUCGACAUAUGACGGUUCAUGUAUUUCAAUUCGCAAACUUUUUUAGUCAU